AUGUUCAGCCUCCUGCAAUUGCUUUCGAGUCUUCUUUUUUUUCCAACUAGAUAUGACUAUGUAAAGAUAUUCGAUGGUCCAGAUGGUACGGCUCAACGCUUGGGUGAAUAUUGCGGCCGAAAAUUGCCUCACGACUCCUACGCUGCAUCUGGAAGCAUGCACAUUCAAUUCUACACCGACGACACCAUCAGUGGCAAAGGAUUCCACGCCCAAUACCAGCUAGUGCCCAACGGAGCAGUAGCCAAUCAAAAUCAGCUAAGCCUCUCACCAAUCGUCAAGCUACCGAACUCCCCACCCUCCUUCUAUCGUUCUGAACAGCCUGCUUACAGGCAUCGACGCCAGUCGGUACGCACUCCUCCCCGAGCUAGAGCACCUUUCCAUGGAAGUCGCUAUAUCUCGGGCAUCCAUCGCACUUCACCAUGGGUGAGCCAGAAGACCCUCUAUGGAAAUUACCGACCACCUGCCGUGGAGACAUCACGUCAACUACGAGUUUGGAGAGUACCUUACCGACCGCCUCAACCACCGACACAAACGGUACGGACUCGGACUCGAAUCUACAAUCCUCACGCAGGCUGGAGUGCUAACGAUUAUCGUCGAAUGCAUCCCCAACUAAGGACUGAUGUUGAAUAUGGCAUUCAUGAGGUGGGAGGAUUGAUAAGCAGUUAUCUCCCGGCCACUACGAACCCUCGAAAUCAACAACAUCAGAGGGAAUUUAUUUCUCCAGGUGCCACCGUGAAUACCUCUUAUCGUCGCAUUUCUACAUCCUGA